UGAGGGAUUCUGGGUAAUGUCACCAUGGAGAUCAUCUACCUGCUGACUGGAGAGGUGAGGGAUUCUGUGUAAUGUCAGUAUGGAGAUCAUCUACCUGCUGGCUGGAGAGGUGAGGGAUUCUGGGUAAUGUCAUUAUGGAGAUCAUCUACCUGCUGGCUGGAGAGGUGAGGGAUUCUGGGUAAUGUUGCCAUGGAGAUCAUCUACCUGCCGACUGGAGAGGUGAGGGAUUCUGGGUAAUGUCAGUCUGGAGAUCAUCUACCUGCUGACUGGAGAGGUGAGGGAUUCUGGGUAAUGUCAUUAUGGAGAUCAUCUACUUGCUGACUGGAGAGGAGUGGGAGAAUCUGGGAAGUCCUGAAGAAAACUGCAAGGACAUGAUGCUGGAGACUCGCAACCCUCGUAGGUCACUGGAUCGGUCGGUAAAAAGAAAGAUUCGUACUACUUCACCACUUCAUGGAAAUAAAGACAUAUUGGAGUCUCCAUUAAAACAUGGAGGAGACCAUCAAUCUCCUAUUAAACAAACUACAACAAUAUUAAGGAAAUCUGUGAAAGACGAUGCAAAGCAAAUGGCCUCCCAUACAUACACUAAUAUUCGAACAAGAGAUUAUACGCAACAAUCAAAUCAUCAUAUAAUAAGGAAAUCCAUUUCUAGUGCAGAAUCAGAUUCGAUAAAUGCUGAUAAAGUUAAACUGAUCGACUGUACAUCUUUUCAGAUUAAGAACGAACGGGCAUCUUAUGAUGGUGGUGAACUCACAGACGAAAAGUCAGAUUUUUUAGCUAUUUGCAUUAAGGAAGAACCGGAUUCAAGUGUAGAAGAAAAUCUCAAAGAUACUGAUAUUUACACACCUGUAGAAUAUACACAGACAGAAGCAUAUCGGUCUUCUGAUAUGAAGGAGCAAUCGGAAUCAUGUUAUGUUGCAGAUCUUACAGAGUCAGACUAUAUAACCGUUCGUAUUAAGGAAGAGCCAGAUUCAUGUGAUGAACACACUCUCACAGAUACAGAGAUGUACACAACACAAACAGACUAUUCUGAUCCACAUGUGGAAGGUUAUGGCGGAGGACAUAUUAGUAUUGAGAAAAUAUAUAAAAACACAACACAAACAAACUCUAACAAACAUAAAAAUAAAAUGGCAAUCAAACAUGCAGAUUCAGCAGAAAAAGAGCAAGUUGGAUGUUCAGAUCGUAGAAAUAUUUCGACCUCAAAAUCAAAGCUAGCUUCUCGCAAGCAGUUGCAAACAGGAGAAAAAACAUUUUCAUGUUCUGACUGUGGUAAAUAUUUUAUGGAAAACUCUGCCCUCAUUAAUCACCAAAAGACUCACACAGGGAAAAAGCCACUUUCGUGUUCCGUUUGUGGAAAAAUGUUUGCUUAUAGCUUUUUUCUCAUUACGCAUCAGAGAAUUCACACUGGCGAGAAACCGUUUGAAUGUUCAAUCUGCGGGAAGUGUUUUAGCCAGAGCUCGCAUCUCUUUAUACAUCAGAGGGUUCACACUGGAGAGAAGCCGUACUCGUGUUCACAAUGUGGUAAAUGUUUUACACACAGCUCAUCGCUUGUUAAACAUCAGCGCAUUCACACCGGUGAAAAGCCAUUCUCAUGUUCUGAAUGUGGAAAAUGUUUUACACACAAUUUUUCUCUCAUAAGCCACCAGAGAACUCACACAGGAGAUAAGCCAUUCUCGUGUUCUGAAUGUGGGAAAUGUUUUACAGAGCGGUCUUCUCUGGUUAAGCAUCAAAGGACCCACACUGGAGAGAAACCAUUUUCAUGUACUGAGUGUGGAAAAUGUUUUACACAAAGAUCUGCUUUAAACAAACAUCAUAAUAUUAUACAUAUGAAAGCAAAAGAACGCGUGAUAUAACCAUGUGCAUUAAUAGAAAACUAUAGGUGAAAGUUGACAUGCCAGUAAGUUUACUGAAAUCUCAGCUCGGUCCUUUAAUCCAAACAGUAAAGGAAGUUUUAAUGGGUCAUAUAAUUUCUUCGGUCAGCGAGGAGUCCAUGAACUACCAUUUUGCUGUUAGCAUUCCAAAAAUUGAUGAGACGAUUUCUGUAG